AUGCUCGAGAAAGGCGAAUGUGCUGCAGUUGAGUUUAUGGAGUCCAAUAUUGUAGGAGAAGAACCUGACAUUUACACCAAGAUAAAGAAGACGCAGUUACAGACAUUCUCUCUUAUUGGUAAGAAGGUCAAUAGCAAAAGUAAGAAAGGUAAGAUCGUGGUCCUGAAAAACUCGAAAGCGCUUUUUGCGAAAAUGCUUCUGAUAGCCAAGAGUCGCAAUUUGGAGAUGGAAGAAGUGUUGACGUAUUCUCUCCGGCCGUAUCCACACCCAUCGGCUACGAAUGAAGGUGACCUCGUAAAGACUGUUAAAGCUAAAUUGCUCAAAAUGACUGAAAAUGAAAUACAAGAUGGUUCAGUUAACCUUCCUAUUGGAGACAAAGCAUAUAUUUUUGAUGCCAUGGCAAUAUUACAAACAUUGACAGUUCUCCCAGCAACAUUUGGCGAACUUGCAACGGAUUUGCUGGCUAAGAUCGUUAACACUGCUGUUUCUUUAAAUUUCAGUCGGGUUGAUUUCGUCUGCGAUAGAUAUCCAUAA